CUCACACCCUUAAAGCUUCAAGAAAACCAGAUCAAGCUUCUUUCACCAUUUUCACUCUUCUUUAAGCUUUCUUUCUAAAGUUUCUCUCAUUUCGUAUUUUAAACACAAACCUAAACGAUGCCUGAGGCACCAAAGAUCGUAGCUUCGGAGGUUUCUGAUGAGAGCCUCGCGGAGAAGAACAAGAACAAACUCCAAUUCAUCGAAGACGUGACCACGAACGCAGAUGAUGUUCAGAGACGAGUUCUUGAAGAGAUCCUUUCACGUAAUGCUGACGUGGAGUAUCUCAAACGACACGGGCUCGAUGGACGAACCGACCGUCAGACUUUCAAACAUGUCAUGCCUGUCGUAACUUACGAAGAUAUUCAACCUGAGAUCAACAGAAUCGCUAAUGGUGAUAAAUCUCAAAUCCUCUGUUCUAACCCCAUCUCUGAGUUCCUCACAAGUUCUGGGACUUCUGGUGGAGAGAGGAAACUGAUGCCAACAAUCGAAGAGGAACUAGACAGAAGAUCACUUCUGUACAGUCUCUUGAUGCCUGUGAUGAACCAGUUCGUUCCUGGUCUUGACAAAGGCAAAGGAAUGAACAGUGGAGUCACUAGCUCAAUCAGUCUUCCAAAAGCACUCACUGAGAAAGAACAGCAAGAGCUUGUUGAUCUCGUUGAUGUCAAGCUUGGUCAGGAGUAUGAGCUUGUUGUCACCACCUAUGCUGGACUUUACAGGGUUGUUGAUAGUUACUUCAGCCCCAAGUGUCCUAAAUGGUCCCCUGGUCACAAGCAAUGGGGGAGUAACUAAAGAGGAAACUUUGAGGACGAAGAGAGACUCUCUAUGAAGUAGAAGGUUCUGUUUUUGUAAUCAAAUGAAUAUCGAGAA